UACCGUCCAUACUACCGGAAGCACAUUACAGAGCAGCUGACCGCCGCUAAUUCUCACGGUAGUCCAUGUAUUCCCAGCUCCACUGGGAGGCAUGGAAGCUCACAAUAUAACCUCAUUGGUCCUGCUGGCUUGCGGCUCAUUCAACCCCAUCACCAACAUGCACCUGAGGAUGUUUGAACUGGCUCGAGAUCAUCUGGAAGACACAGGUCAGUACAGGGUGGUGAAAGGCAUCAUCUCUCCAGUGGGUGAUGGCUAUAAAAAGAAGGGUUUGAUUGAGGCCAGCCACCGUCUGGAGAUGGCCAGAUUGGCAACAGAGAACUCAGACUGGAUCACAGUAGAUUCCUGGGAGUGCUUGCAGCCUGAGUGGGUGGAGACAGCUAAAGUUGUUCGGCAUCACCAUGAGGAACUGCUUUCAGCAGCACGGAACAACGAUGAUGUGGACACAGUCAAGCACACCAAAAAGAGGCGCAUAGAUGAGAAUUAUUUUGGAGCUUCAUCUCAUCAGAAAAGGAGAGACGGCCCUCAGCUGAUGUUACUGUGUGGGGCUGAUGUCCUGGAGUCUUUCGGGAUCCCCAAUAUGUGGAAGCAGGAGGAUAUCGCUGAGAUUGUGGGCCGCUACGGUUUGGUUUGCAUCACCCGCAGUGGCAGUGACCCCAACAAGUUCAUCCACCAAUCAGACAUGCUGUGGAAGUAUCGCAAAAACAUCCACAUGGUCCAUGAGUGGGUGGCCAAUGAUGUCUCAGCCACUCACGUGCGCCGGGCGCUUCGCCGAGGCCAGAGCGUCAGGUAUCUCCUGCCAGACCCUGUGGUUCACUACAUUCAAGAGUGCGACCUCUACAGUGCUGAGAGCGAGCAGAAAAAUGCUGAUGUGGUUCUAGCACCCCUUCAGAGAUGCACUGAUGCCUCCUCGAGCUAAGGGCUUUACUGCUGCAGCUGCAAAACAGAAGUGUGAGCUGUCUACACUAAGUGCUGGACGCUUACUGUGAAUUUAAAACAAAUCUGACAGUUUAUUUAUGCUUCCACCAGUGCCUACUCUACACAGUAGUCUCUUCUAAUGGUGUGUGUGAGGAGAAGCGUUCAUUCAUUUUCCUGAGUGAAGUGAUUUAGUUACUGCAAUAAAGUAAUUUGUUGUGUGUGGAAAAAUACAAAAGUCAAGAACUAAAUAAUUUAGUAGCAGUUUAAAGGGCUUGGAACUCAUCUUAAUGUCAUAUAAAUCUGGUGUAUGGUUAAUGAACCAGGGAUUGACAAUUUUGCAUGAAACAUUUUACAUUUAUUAUAUUUGGAGUUACAAGAAAUAAGAUCAGGAACAAAUACAUUUUAUUCUUUUUACUUGCUGUACCACGUUUCCCCCCAGGUGCUUCAGUACACUCCUCUCGACUCAUCACGUGUUUUGUACCUAGAGCAGGAUAUUUUAAAAAUGAAGAGUAGGCUAUGGGCUUUAAAAUUGUAUGUUGUGCUGCAGAUUUUAAAUGAAAUAAACACCCCUCUUUGGUU